AUGCCCUUGGAUGACAAGAACCCAUCAGCUGACAAGGCCCCCAUAGUGUGCCCUAGAGAGCAUACCCACACGAAUGAUCUUGCCAUCCCGCGAAUUCAAAGGUUUCCAUAUGAAGGAAAGUGCCUCGACGAGGUCAAUGCUGCUCGCGUGGCAGCUGGCCUCGGCGAACUCACAAAAUCAGUUGAAUCAACACACAGGCUGCCUAAAGAAGGCAGCCCUGAAGGAGACGCAAAUGAAUGGGCCUGGAAACCCGUGUGCGAAGCCUUGAUUCCAACCAAGACAAAAUCAAGAAGUGCCAGAAAUUCUGAUGUGACUAAGUUCCAGAGCGGCACAUACGCAUAUCUUCCGAUUGACGAUCCCGAUUCCGUUGACUGCAAGGCCGUCGUGGAUAAGUGGAAGGACGCCUACAGCAACUUUGAUGGAUUGCCUCCGGCUAACAAGAAAGACGAGCCGCUUUACGACAAUCAGGAGAACGUGUCUUUCGUGGCCCUGUACAACCCUACAGAGAAAGCUACUGCAGAUUGCCGUGUCGUCACCUGCACUAAAAAGACGCCUGCAGCGGCCGGUUUCAAAGCAGCAAGAACCGAUGGGUCAACAACGGAAACGGGCUCCGCUUUGAUUUGCAUGACCGUGCCCGAUGUGCUUCUCGAGGAAGGAGGAAAGGCCCCUUUCACAGAGGAGCAGUGGGAACAGAUCGUGACCGCUCUCGAAGGCUCUGCCUCGGCUGUUGCACCCGGUGUGGUCGGUUUUGCAUUGGCGAUCGUUGGCCUCACCAUGCUGUGA